AUGGGGGUCGUCUCCAACGAGUCGGAGCUCCGGGACCUGUUCCAAGAAGACGGCUACGAGUACAGCACAGAGUAUCCAAUGUUCGUGGAGGCGUUCAUCUGCACCCGGGAGACGGAGUCGAUGAUGCGGCCCGCCCUGGCGGCCCUCUACGGCGUGGUCUUCCUGCUCAACGUGGUGGGUAACUCGCUGGUGGUUCUGGUUGUCCUCCACAACCGCCCGCACCGCACGGUGACGGACGUCUACCUGCUGAACCUGGCCGGGGCCGACCUGCUCUUCGCCCUGACCCUGCCCAUCUGGGCCGCCUACCAGGUGAUCGGCUGGCGCUUCGGCACAUUCCUCUGCAAGGUGGUGUCCAUCCUGCAGGACCUCAACUUCUACAGCGGCAUCCUGCUGCUGGCCUGCAUCAGCGUGGACCGCUACCUGGCCAUCGUGCACGCCACCCGGGCCGGAGCCGACCAGCGCCGCUGGGUCGUCUUCGUCUGCCUGGGCCUCUGGAUCCUGUCCUUCCUGCUGGCCCUGCCCGCCCUGGUCCUCCGGGAUGUCUUCAGCCCGCCCAAAUCCAACCCCGUCUGCUACGAGAACGUGGGCGUGGACACAGCCCGCUGGCGGGUGAUCCUGCGCUUGCUGCCGCAGACCUUCGGCUUCCUGCUGCCCCUCCUGGUUAUGCUCUUCUGCUACGGCAGCACGCUGGCCGUCCUGUUCCGGGCCCGCACGGGCCAGAAGCACCGGGCCAUGCGCGUCGUCUUGGCCGUGGUGCUGGUCUUCCUGCUCUGCUGGCUGCCCUACAACAUCACCCUGGUGAUCGACUCCCUCAUGUGGGCCCAGGUGCUGACCGACAGCUGCGGCCUGCGGGACCACGUGGACCGUGCCCUGCUGGUCACCCAGGUCCUGGGCUACCUGCACAGCUGCCUCAACCCCAUCGUCUACGCCUUCGUGGGCCAGAAGUUCCGGCACAGCCUGCUGAGGAUCCUGGCCUCCCGCGGGCUGGUCAGUAAGGACUUCCUCAUCCGCCACCGGGUCCCGUCGUCCCACAGUUCAUCGUCGGCCAACACGACCACCAUGUGA